AAGUGUGUUGCAUUACAAAAGGGCUGUAGAACAUCUCUUAGCUAAGAAACUGUGGGUUUCUACUGAUUUAAGCAAAGAAAGUGCAGCAUCAUUUUUCAUCUCAGCUGGUCUCAAGAGGAAAGAACAAUCCCACAAAAAAGAGCUCUUCCAAGAACAGAAACCCCAAGAAGAUGCUGAGGUUUUUGAUGCUCCUGCUCUUUGCUAUCUUGGCAGUAUCCAUCAACGAAAACAGGCAAGAAUGUCUGAAAGGGGUUGGUCACAAGCUCAGACCAACUCAAGAGAAAGACUUGAAGGAAUGUUUUAUAUAUAAAGAAUCCUCUUGUUGCUAUGCAGAAAUUACAGAAGAACUAGCUCAUUCACCAGUAAUUAAAGUAAACACCACCUACUGGAACAGAUGUGGAAAUCUCAGUAACUUGUGCGAGAGUUAUAUGAAGAAGAUGGAAUGCUUUUACAGGUGUUCACCACAUACUGCUCGCUGGGCACAUAGCCAAUAUGCAGGUGCUAUUCAGUCUGUCCCUAUAUGCCAAAGUUUCUGUGAUGACUGGUACGAAGCUUGUAAAAAUGAUCUCACUUGUGUCAGCAACUGGUUGAUGGACUGGAAAAUUGAUGCAAAUGGAGAAAACCACUGUAAGAAUGAGUGCAUCUCCUACAGUGAGAUGUAUGUUAAUGGGACUGACAUGUGUGAGAAAAUGUGGGGGGAGUCACUGAAGGUGAGCAACUCCCCAUGCCUCUGCCUACGGCUGAAUGAAAUGGAUAAUGCAGUAAUCAAGCUGAUGGAAGCGAAUAGCAGGAAUAGCAGUAGUGGAAGAAGCGAUAAGGAACAAGACUGUCACCCCAAGAUGGAGCUAAAGCAGAGAGAGGAAGUGGAAGCACACUAAGAGUGUGACAACACACCAAGUACUAUGGUUUUAUGGAGAGAAGCAUUGUUACCUAUUUGCUAAGAUAACAUCUGGUAUCCUAUCUUUCCACUGAAAAUAGUGUUCAGCUUGGUUAACAACAGAAAUGUAGUAAACUUACACUGAAUGGUA